CUGCGCCGGGAGACGGGAAUGUGUCUGGGGAGCGGAGAGGGGCGGGAAGAGGGAAUCCUUUUUCGGGCCGGAGAGUGCUCUCUAGGCGAGGCCAAGGGCAACCCGCGGGCGGGUGCGAGGAACGUCGUCGUUCCCCUUCCCCUCCCCCCCAAAGCCGGGCUCUCCCUUCCACAUCAGAACACGACAGAGAGGGGGUUGACUUUGGUGCACCUGGGGAAAGUGCAAUUAAUUUCAAUUCAAAAUGCCUAAUUCUAAAAACAAAUCACGGCGUAGGCAUAAAGUUGGUCAAGAAGCUGGGAGAAAUGAAUUAGUCUCUAGAUCAUUGCAAAGUGCUCAGCAUUGUCUGGAGGAUCAAGACUAUGGAACUGCAUAUGCUCACUAUCUUUUGGUAUUAAAUAUAGCUCCUGAGCUUAAAAAUGAUGUCAAGGAAACAUUUCAGUUUACCCUUUUGAAAUGGGCAGAAGAACUGGAUUCUCUUUCAAGAAUUCAAGAUUUAUUUGACUGCUAUGAACAUGCCCUGGAGUUGUUUCCUAAUGAUGAGGUCAUAUGUAACAGCAUGGGGGAGCAUCUUUUCAGAAUGGGCUUCAGAGAUGAAGCAGCUGCAUAUUUCUAUAAAGCUGUGAAGCUAAACCCUGACUUUCUAGAUGCGAAGGAGAAUUUUUACCGUGUUGCCAACUGGGUAGUAGAACGAUGGCACUUCAUCAUGCUUAACGACUCCAACAGGAAUUUGCUGUAUCAAAAAGCAAUUCAGAAGGCAGCCCUUUCAGGGUGUAGAAGUGCUCUUGAUAUUGGAACAGGAACAGGCAUUCUCAGUAUGUUUGCCAGAAAGGCUGGAGUGUCUUCUGUCUAUGCUUGUGAGUUGUCAAAGACCAUGUAUGAAUUGGCUUGUGAAGUGCUAGCGGCGAAUGGUUUUGAUGAAGAAAUCAAACUUCUGCAUAUGAAAUCUCUUGAUAUUGAAAUUCCAAAACACAUUCCGGAAAGAGUUUCCCUGGUUGUCACAGAAACAGUAGAUUCCGGUUUAUUUGGAGAAGGAAUUGUGGAAAGUUUGAUCCAUGCUUGGGAGCACUUACUUUUACCACCAAAGCCUAAUAAUGCUGGAGUUGAUGCUGAAAAUUAUGGCCGAGUUAUACCAGCAGGAGCUGCCAUCUGGGGUAUGGCAGUGGAAUGCAAGGAGAUACGUAGACAUCACAGGGUGGGUGUAAAAGAAAUUGCUGGUGUGUAUUUGCCAGAAGAACUGGAGUUCCACAGUCCAACAGACGCAUCUGUAACCUCAGAGGAGAAUCUUGAACCUUACACUACUGAAAAACUCAGCAGAGUUCCUGGUGGUUAUAAGGCCCUUACAGAACACUUCCAAGUGUUCACAGUCAAUUUUAACAACGUUCAGGAAUUGAAAAGCUUUGCAACCAGGAAGCCAUCCAAGAUUGACGUGACAGUUAUUGAAGAAGGAAUAGUAGAUGCCAUUGUGGUCUGGUUUACACUCCAGCUUGAUGAUGAACAUACAAUUUCUACAAGUCCAAGUGAGGACAGCUGUUGGGAGCAAGCAGUCUACCCAGUACAAGGCCUCCUUGAUUACUCUGUAAAAUCUGGAGAUUCUGUUACAAUGGAAAUAUCCUGCCAGGAUUGCUAUAUAAGGAUCCAAAAGAUUUCCAUUGUGACUGCUGAUUAUGGGAUGGAUGAUGAAAGGAACUUGAGGGAGAAGAACAGUGAGGCUGAGCUGUGCAGUGCUCUGGCCAGUCUUCAGACAGCAAGCAAACGAGAAAGUACGCAACAGAGAUGCAUGGUGGAAUCCACUGAGAUUGCUUUACUGAACAAUAUACCAUAUCACGAAUGUUUUAAAGCUGCCAUUGGCAAGGUGCUGUCAUCAUUAAGUGUCCAUGAACAGUCUCAGUCCAUGGAUGUGGAUCGCCACAGUGAUGCUGCUCUUGCAAGGAACCAAAGCAAAAACUCUGUGACUCCUGACCCUCUGUAUGUUUUGGAUGUAUCAGAGGGCUUUUCAAUCUUGCCAAUAAUAGCAAGCAAAUAUGGGCCUGUUAAGGCAUACAGCUCAGUUGAAAAGGAGCAGCACCAAGUAGCUCUCAGUCUGAUUUCAGAAGCAAAUAGAUGUCCAAAGGAAGCAUUGGAGUUUUGGCUCAGCCAGCUAAAGGACGAAAACAUGGUAUUACAGAGGCCUAAAUCAGACAAAUUAUGGAGCAUUAUAAUAUUGGAUGUCAUAGAGACUUCUGGUCUAAUUCAGCAAGAUGUGAUGGAAAAGGCAGCAAUAUCCAGGUGUUUGCUUCACUCUGGAGGAAAGAUAUUCCCACAGCAUGUGAAGAUGUAUGGCGUGCUUGUAGAAUCCAGGGCAUUAGUACUUGAGACAGAAGUUCAAGGCACGGAUCCCACACUUGGUUUCAACAUUGCACCUUUUAUCAACCAGUUCAAGGUUCCUUUCCGUAUAUUUUUGGAUUUAUCCACAUUGCCACAUGUUCCUUUAAGCAAGCCAGUGGAACUUAUGCGACUGGAUCUCAUGAAUCCAUAUUUAAAUAGCUGCAAUAGAGAAGUUAAAGUAAAGGUUUGUAAAACUGGUCACAUUACUGGUAUUCCAUUUUGGUAUCACGUGUGUCUGGAUGAAGAUACUGUUUUGGAUACGUCAAGCAAGUCCUCUCAUUGGAAACAAGCUGCUGUUGUGUUGGAUAAGCCGAUUCAAGUUCAGUCAGGAGAUGAACUUGUGCUCUGUGUCCAGUAUCUCAACAGUAACAUCAGCAUUACAGUAAAACAGUGACCACCCAUCAGGUAGUUGGUUUCUAAUAUGAUUUCACUGUAAAUAAAAUCUCACAUAUAGCUGCAAAGAUGCAUGCGUUAAUCAUGGUCCAGGGCCACAGCGUUUGAGCUCUGCUUUGAGUCACUCUGCAGUUCAGCACAACUUGUUCAGCAAGAACUAUGUUCUGCAUCACAAAUUUUGUAAUUGAGAUUUGAUUAUUGGAUGAACAAAAUAAUAAUUGGAGAAUUCGCUCAUGGAAAGUCUCUACAUUGUGUGUGUAUGAGAGAGAAAAAGUGUGUGAACAACUUUCCUACAGUAUUUUGUUGCCUUCUGGAAAAUGAAUUGUCUAAAAUUAAAAAAAAAAGAUUGUACAGCUUUUCAGGUCUUACUUCUUGAAGGUAGUAAAGCAAUGAUGUGUAGUAGUAAAGGAUA